UCUGUUGUCAACAAAUGCUAACCAGCGCGAAGCCAAGGCGAAAUGAUUUCCAGCAAGCCCUUGUUAUUUCAGCAAAUGCUAAUACGAUUUCUCCAGAUUCUUGUGAGAUGCCUUUUAGUUAGCUAGCUGCAUAAACAAGUUUCUGUGUCGUCCUCUGUUACAUCUCAGUCCGGCCUUCAGAGCGAGGAGGAAAUGACACAGCUGAGUGUCCGUCGCUGGACGCCCAAACACGUCGCCAAGUGGCUGAAGGAAGAGGGCUUCUGUGACUAUGUGGACCUGCUGUGCAACAAGCACCGACUGGACGGCACCAGUCUGCUCGCCCUCAGCGAGUAUGACCUCCGCUCGCCACCUCUGGAGCUCAAGGUGCUGGGGGACAUCAAACGGCUGAUGGUGUCCAUCCGCAAACUCCAGAAACAGAACUUAGACGUGUUGGAGGAGCUCGGAUUGCCGUUUGAUGGCCACUCUCCUACAGGCUCCGGAGGCAGUUUGGACUGGCUGUGUAAUGGAGACUCAGGCAGGGAUUGUGAUAGCACUGACACAGCACCAGUGGGAGAGGAGUAUCACCAGUACACUAAUGGGAAGUACAAGCAGCAGACGAGGCGCCUGGAUCCAGAGUAUUGGAAAACAGUGCUCAGCUCCAUCUAUGUGGUGUUUGUGUUUGGGUUCACGUCCUUUGUCAUGGUUAUAGUGCAUGAGAGGGUGCCUGACAUGCGCACAUACCCUCCACUGCCAGAUAUUUUCCUCGACAGUGUGCCUAGAAUACCGUGGGCCUUUGCCAUGGCUGAAGCAUGUGGAGUAAUCCUCUGUAAUAUCUGGUUGCUGGUUCUGCUGCUCCACAAGCACAGGUCCAUCCUUUUGCGACGCAUGUGCAGCCUCAUGGGGACGGUGUUCAUGCUGCGCUGUAUUACAAUGUUUGUCACUUCCCUCUCUGUGCCAGGACAGCACCUGCAAUGCUCAGGAAAGAUCUAUGGUGACAUGUGGGCCAAACUGCAGCGAGCUGUCGCUAUCUGGAGCGGUUUUGGGAUGACCCUGACAGGAGUUCAUACAUGUGGUGACUACAUGUUCAGCGGCCACACUGUGGUCCUUACCAUGCUCAACUUCUUUGUCACAGAGUACACUCCACGAAGCUGGAACUUCAUUCACACAUUGUCCUGGGUCCUGAAUCUCUUUGGCAUCUUCUUCAUCCUGGCUGCACAUGAACACUACUCCAUUGACGUGUUCAUAGCGUUCUACAUCACUACCAGACUCUUCCUGUACUACCACACUCUGGCCAACACCCGGGCCUACCAGCAGAGUCGACGAGCUCGCAUCUGGUUCCCCAUGUUCUCCUUCUUUGAGUGCAAUGUGAACGGGCCGGUCCCCAACGAGUACUGCUGGCCCUUCUCGAGACCUGCGGUGAUGAGAAGGCUGAUUGGAUAAUGAGCAGCAUCAGUCAGACACUUCUUAGCUUGUGCUGUUUCUGUGUCUGCUUUGUCAAGUUGCCAACUGAGGCGGUGUGUGUGUUAUCUUCAUCAACAAAGACAACUGAUGUGAUCCUGUUAGCACUGAGGCCUGAUGGGAUACACAGAGCCAUACGUUCUUAUAUUCUGAGACCCGCUUCCCCUGUCACCAUUUUUAGGCGGAUAGAACAAAAACCACAAAACCCUACAUUCAUUCGUUUGAAAAAGUGAACACAGUGGAGAUACCGUGCCUCCGCGUUGGUUGCUUAUUUUCCUCUAAAGUGAUACCAUUUUAUGUAGCAUGAAAUGCAUUUGUUAGUACCUCACAACUUCAAAACAUACCUGUCUGUUAGAGUAUUUGGUUAGCACACGAUAGAAAGAAGCCACAUCAAAAAAUUCUCAGGCAGUGUACCCAGCAACCACAAUUUCAUUUUAAAGUUUGGAUUCUUGACUGAAAGUUUCGUCUUACCUCCCACUGUGGAAUUUAUCAAAACAUAAGACUAUGGACCACUGUUAAAGCAAUAUAUAAAUUCUACAUUUCAUACAGUAUUGAGAAACACAUCUGUCUUUUUCAUUCCGUGAGAUUAUGCUUACAUUUUGACAGUAUUACUAAAUGUUGACAGAGUAAUUCAUGGAUCACUGAAACAAACAGUACAACAGAUCUUUGUUGAUAUUGUUCACUUAUUUCUGCCUUUUCCCUACCAGACCUAGAAAAGAUGCAGUGAAGGAAAUUAUCUAAAUAUUAUUAGCCAAAAAAAAUGGAGUCAAAGAUCUUUUUUUCCACCUGUCUUAAGUAUAAUUCCAUUUGCCAAUUACCUUGAGUGUUACAAAAGAUUUCUCUGUGUAGAAAUGUCCCAAAUCUUUCAUGUUUACUGUUGGAUAGUUGUAUAGUGCUUUUUUAAAAAUCAUCAUAGCGUGUAAAUGACCAGACUUGUGUAGGAUUUGAGCUUUCCCUGAUGAUAAUCUUUAACAUUAAACUGUAGUAAUAGUUCUUCAAAAGGACUCUUAAAUUUGUAUGUAUUUUGUUUAUAUUAAUUUAUUUAAUUUUGUAAAUGUCAAUAGGUAUUUUUAUAUUUCAUAUACGGUGUUAUAGCAACAUGCACAUGGAAAAAUAUGUUUACAGUUGCUCUUAACUAUGUAUUUGUUUGAAACACAAUGUGCUUUUUAAGUGUAAUGUUGAUUUCAGGUUGGCCUCUGCAUUUCAUCGAGUGAAACUUGCCACAUGUUGUCAUUGAUUUGGUCAUUACAGCAUGUUCAAAACAUGAUUAUUCUGAAAGGAGUUGACAGACUGCAACACAUCCUUUCAUUGUGGAAUGAUGCUGCUGUGUACAUGUCCUCCUGCAAAGCCACAUUACUCGUUUCAUGUCUCGUUCAGUCAUUUCCAUCAAUAAA